AUGCUGACCAAGUUCAUAGAUUCCACACGACGCUCGGGCCGAGCUACGAAAGGCCAGCAUCGCGGAUUUGAUGAAGCAAAGCCUUCUGUCCCGAAAAAAUCUGGUGGCAGGGGCAAGAAGAAGCAUGAGCCAGAACCAGAGGAAGAAGAAGAGGACGCCAUUAUACGAUGUGUAUGCGGCGCUACCACUGAAGACGAAGACGACGAGCGUACAAUGAUAUGCUGUGAAAAUUGCGAAGCAUGGCAGCACAAUGAGUGCAUGGAAGUCUCUAGCAAGGAUGACGAGCUUCCAGACCAAUACUAUUGCGAGCAAUGCCGACCUCAAGAUCACAAGUCUCUUCUAGCAAAAAUCGAACGAGGCGAGAAGCCAUGGGAAGAGCGUGCAAGAGCACGAGAGAUAGAAGAAGAGGAGCGGCUGGCCCGGAAGAAGGGCCGGCCAAGCAUGGCCAAAAAGGAAGAGCUCAAGACCAAUGGCGCAGUAGAUCACGAAGACAGUAUUAUGACUGAAGCCGACGUACCAGCUCCUAUCCAGGAUGCUGAUCCUCCGUCACCGCACCUAACGAAUAAUAAACGAAAGCUUCCGAAUGAGGCAACUUUGAACUCUCGGAGUCCAAGUCAAUCGGAGCCUGCCAACAAGAUACGCAAAGCUUCAAGUCCUCCAAAAGAGACUAAACCCGUUGCUCCUGCGCCGGAGCGACGAAAGUCAAGUAAUCGAGCGGAAUCAAAGCGUGAGUCUAUAGCAGGCGAAUAUCAAGCAAACCUUGUCGAAAGAAUAGACGAAUUGAAAAGCGCCGAGCGACAGCGCGUUGCAAACGCUCUGCAAAAGCUUUUCGAUGGGUCAGUGAAACAGGCUCAGAAAGACAAAACUUUCAGUCUUGCCAAAGGCCAAAGUGAGCGCGAAUACGCGCUCAAACUAGCGCUAAGUGUUGAAUAUGCUAUGUUCCUAAAUCUUUUUGGGACUGCUAUCAAGCCUAGCGACGCUUAUGCCGACAAAUUCCGGGCAUUGAAUCACAACGUCAAGGCAAACCCGACAUUACGGGAUCAAAUCCUCCGAGGAGAGCUCUCACCCAAUGAUCUGUCGAAAUUGUCGCGGGAAGAUAUGGCUAGUAAAGAGUUGCAGGAGAAGAAAGCGGAGAUGGUGAAGGAAGCUGAAAAGCAACAUAUGCUUAUUCAAGAAGAAGGCCCAAGGAUUCGAAGGACCCAUAAGGGCGAGGAACUAGUCGAUAAUGAUACCCAUAUGGCUGAUGCAUCAGACACAGCCUUCAGUGCGCCCAUCAGGAAGCGCCCUUCUGAUAUAGAUACAAAUGUGAAAAACCCAAGUCCAGAGCCGCCAACUGCUGUGAGCCCAGAGCCAGUGGAACUUCCUGAGCACGUUGGUGAGCCAGAAGUUGAAGCCAAACCGCCCUUGAAAAUCGACACCCAGGAACAACCUCAACCAGCUGCUGCCGAUCUAAAAUCAUCGGCAACAUUUAACAUUCAAGACGUUUGGUCAGGCGUCAAAGGUCCAGAUCCUGAACAACGUGCACGACGCUCUUCCAAACCAUCCGAGUCUGUGGCGCCGCCGACGAAGCAGCAACCUGAUGCUGAAAUUGAUCGUCUUCUAAAAGAUGAGGAGCCAGAGGAUGAAGAACCUUACUCGCCGGUGGACUACAGCACAGAUCCCAACGCACCAAUAUGGCUAGGCAGAAUGGGGAUGCCUAACAUUGCAACAUUCUCAGGAAGAGGCAAUCACGCGGCUGGGGCGAACCUCAGUAGUUCAAUCCCGUGGUCUCAAUUGUUACCACCUACCAUGACCAUCGAAGGUCGUAUACACACUGCGAAAGCGGACGAAUACUUGUGCGGCUUGCGAUUCAGUAAUUCCGCCGAAUUGACGGUAGUCUCUGUGACCUCCAAUGACGCCGCAGAAGAUCAAGCUCAAUUCGAAAAGCUUUUCAAAUAUUUCACCGAGCGCCAGAGGUACGGAGUAAUCUCCAAAAAUCCAGUGUCGAAUGUAAAGGACACUUAUGUUGUUCCUUUGGAGGCCGGCACAGAAAAGAAACCCGAGUUCCUCGAGUUGUUGGAUGACUGCAAAAUCGAGUUCCCAUCCUCUGAGCGCAUGCUACUUCUCAGUUUCGUCAUCAGGAUGAACAACUCGCCAUCAGCAGCACAGCAAACGCCCCGUGCUCCGGAAGUCACCACCCUUCAAAGCCCCGUCACCGCCACAGGGCAUCCACCUGGGCCGAUUGGCGGACACCCAGGGGUUCAACACACCCCUCCAGUCAACUUACCAUACCAACCACCUCCACCUCCAUACUCGACUGUGGCAGGCAGUCCGUCCCAGGGUCAAGGCGCCUAUGUACCACCACAACAGUCUCCAUCCUAUGAUCCUCGGGGCAUGGAAGCAGCUCGGAUGGCCCUUGGUGAGCUUGUGGCUGCGCCUGCCAUCGCCGAACUGCUCCAAGAGGCACCGAAUGCCGGUCUAUUCGAGCUGGGGAUCGUGAGGCAACUGCUGGAGAGUGUUCCUGCCAGCCGCACCAAUUUCCCUAUGCUUCAAGGAAUGUUGAUGCAAAAGUUGCAGGAGCAGCAACAGCAGGCGCAGCAGCAAGGAACAGUCGUUUAG